AUGUCUUUAGGUGAAGCCACCACAAACUGCGCACCAAUAUCAAACAAAUCAUUCUCUACAUCCUUGCAUCUAUUUCCCGAGUUGAAUUUCUUCACCUCACCUAUCGCAUAUCUUUCAAACUUCUCUCGCCGUCUUCUCAUUAAAGUAUUGCGCCAGGGCCCAAUACCACAACAUGUUGGGUUUGUGAUGGAUGGGAAUCGAAGAUUCGCAAAAAAAAUUCAGGUGCAAACAGGGGAGGGACAUUACAUGGGAUUUCAAAAGCUGGAGGAGGUUCUCGAAAUUUGCUUAGAAUUAGGCAUAAAGGUAGUGACUGUAUACGCAUUUAGUAUCGAGAAUUUUAAACGACCUAAGGAGGAAGUUGAUACUUUAAUGAAUCUUGCGCGUAAAAAAUUGAGAGAAUUAUACGAAAACAAUGAUGUAGUAAGUAAAUAUGGCGUUUCUAUACGUAUAUUAGGGAAUAAAACACUUUUGCCUGAAGAUUUGUUGAUCGAGAUGGAAAAAGCCGAGGAUGCUACAAAAAGAAAUAAUAGAACUAUUCUGAAUUUGUGCUGUCCAUACACGUCACGAGAUGAGAUAGCCACAGCAGUUAGAAAAGUAGUGAUACAGGUUGAAAAGGGAGAAACUAAUAUCAGUGAAAUCGACGAAAAAUUAUUAGACUCAAAAUUAUAUACAAACGGAUGCCCACCAUUAGAAAUUCUAAUUCGUACUUCCGGCGAGACCCGUUUGUCUGAUUUUCUAUUAUGGCAGUGUCACGAAAAAUGCAAUAUUCAUUUUGUUAAUUGUUAUUGGCCAGAAUUCAGUUUGUGGGAGAUGUUGCCAAUUAUAUUAGACUAUCAACGUGGUUUUUUGGGACGAAGAUAA